UAUGUGGUCAGAAUGUGGUGACUGGGAGAUCCUAACAACAUCCAGUCCACAUGGACUAUACCCGCCAACUCCUUAAACACACAACUCCAACACAACAGAUUUUCAACAAAAUCAAUAAUGGAGCUGCGUUGCUUGCAGUCACUCAAUAUACCUCCAACUGGUUUAGCAGAGAAGCCAUUUUUGUGUGGACAGCCAAUUACAUUGAUUCACACUAGCACUAAAAGAGGCCCAAAUUCCAAGAACCUUAAGCCCCUUCGUUUCAGAGCUCAAAUUUCUGCAAAAAUUAGCUCAUUGGAACCUCAAGGAACUGCAAAAGAUGUCAAAUCAAAAGAUGGAAAUCUUGUUUUUGUUGCUGGUGCAACCGGUAGGGUUGGUUCUCGGACUGUAAGGGAGCUUCUGAAAUUAGGCUUUAAAGUUCGAGCUGGAGUUCGAAGUGCUCAAAGAGCUCAACCUCUUGUCAAAAGUGUUGAGCAGAUAAAAAUUGAGAAUACUACGGAUGGAGGAGCAAAAGCUAUAGAGAAGCUUGAAAUUGUGGAAUGCGAUUUGGAGAAAAGUGAUCAGAUUAGGCCUGCACUGGGCGAUGCAUCAAUUGUUAUAUGUUGCAUUGGUGCCAGUGAAAAGGAGAUCUUUGAUGUUACUGGACCAUAUCGAAUUGAUUACCUGGCCACUAAGAACCUUAUUGAUGCAGCAACCGUUGCAAAAGUUGACCACUUUAUCUUGCUCACAUCUUUGGGAACAAACAAGGUCGGUUUUCCUGCAGCAAUUCUCAAUUUGUUUUGGGGAGUCCUCCUUUGGAAAAGGAAAGCAGAAGAGGCACUGCUUGCUAGUGGGCUUCCUUAUACUAUUGUGAGGCCUGGAGGAAUGGAACGUCCCACUGAUUCUUUCAAAGAAACUCACAAUAUUACUAUUUCGGAGGAAGAUACUUUAUUUGGUGGUCUCGUGUCUAACCUUCAGGUGGCAGAACUAAUGGCGGUUAUGGCCAAAAACCGUAGCCUUUCAUACUGUAAAGUGGUUGAAGUAGUUGCAGAAACAACAGCACCGUUAACCCCCAUGGAGGACCUUCUUGCAAAAAUUCCCUGCCAACGUGUUGAGGUUUCCCCACCCAAGGAAACUGGUGAUUUACAGAAAUCUGCAACUCCAAGCAGUACUACGUCUGAGAUCCCUGAUGCCUCGCUCGAGAAAAAACCUGCUGAAACAAAGUUGAAAGCAGCAGCACCACUCUCUCCAUUUACUGCUUAUGCAGAUCUUAAACCGCCUACAUCUCCUAGUCCAAUUCCUCCCGGUGGUCGUCAAGAAGGUACAAUUGGAGCAGAAGAUAGCAAACCCACAAAAGAAGCCUCUUCUGUUGUUGAUUAUGCUUUUGACAAAGCAGAAUUGCUGACUACAAGGCCUUCAUCUCCAUAUGCUGCUUAUGAAGAUUUAAAGCCACCUACAUCUCCUAGUCCAAAUCCUCCCGGAGGUCAUCAAGAAGGUGCAAGUGGAGCAGAAGAUAGCGAACCCACUAAGGCAGCCUCUUCUGUUGUUGAUUCUACUUUUGACAAAGCAGAAUUGCUGACUACAAGGCCUUUGUCUCCAUACAUUGCUUAUGAAGAUUUAAAGCCGCCUACAUCUCCUAGUCCAAAUCCUUCCGGAGGUCGUCAAGAAGGUGCAAGUCGAGCGGAAGAUAGCGAACCCACUAAACCAGCCUCUUCUGUUGUUGAUUCUACUUUUGACAAAGCAGAAUUGCUGACUACAAGGUCUUUGUCUCCAUACACUGGUUAUGAAGAUCUAAAACCACCUACAUCCCCUAGUACAAAUCCUCCCGGAGGUCGUCAAGAAGGUGCAAGUGGAGCAGAAAAUAGCAAACCCACUACGGAAGCCUCUUCUGUUUAUUUAUUUACUUUUGACAAAGCAGAAUUGCUGACUACAAGGCCUUUGUCUCCAUACACUGCUUAUGAAGAUUUAAAGCCACCUACAUCUCCAAGUCCAAGACCCAGUGGUUUGAAAUCCUCAGCAACCGUGGAAGUAACAUCACCAGUUACUGGAGGCAAUGAUGUGGCAAUCAAUAGUGCUACCAAUUCUGCCAAGGAGGAUUCGUCAAAAAAUUCAGCUUUCUGUCAUUCUCCCUACCCAGCGUAUGAGGACUUCAAGCCUCCAAGUUCUCCAACGCCAUCUUUCAAUAAAAUGUGAAGGGCUGGAAUCUAGUUCUGUUUUGCUUCAAGGAAUUAAUAACUAGUUGUAUCUCGGCAAGCCUAUCGCGUAAUGCAUCAACUCAAGCAUUACAGUUGGAGCAAUUUUUGAUGAUGUCUUUAUUUUGUUUCCACUUUUAUUUGACUUGUUGAUGCUAACUCACAUACUGUCAACUGUUAACUCUAUUAGCAUUCACAUGUUAUUGUAUAAAAUGAGACCACAUUUUCCUUGUUUA